AUGGCCAAGGAGGCGGUGGGCAAGGUCGACCUCGACGCGAUUGUGUGUCUUGACGACAUGGAGCGCGCGGCACAACGCGUGAUGGACCGCCAGGACUUCGACUACUUCGCGGGAGGCGCCGAGACCGAGUCCACGCUGCGAGCGAACCGCGCCGCGUUCUCCCGCGUCACCAUCUGGCCGCGGUGCAUGGUCGACGUCUCGGACGUGGACACGACGACGCACGUCCCGGCGCUCGGACUGCGCAACCUCGCCGCGCCGCUUCUCAUCGCGCCCGUCGCGAUGCAGCGCGCGGCGCACCCCGACGGCGAGUGCGCCGCCGCACGCGCGUGCGCCGCGCACUCCAUCCCGUACUGCGCCUCGCAGCAGUCCACCACGGCCAUCGAGGAGAUCGGGCGGGCGGGCGGCGACGACGCGCCUCGCAUGUUUCAGCUCUACGUCCUGUCGGAUCGGGAAGCCACGACGCGACUCAUACGACGCGCGGAGAGCGCGGGAGCCACCGCGCUUUGCAUCACGGUGGAUGCGCCCGUGCUGGGCAGACGCGAGCGGGACGUGCGGAACAGGUUCGAGCUCAAGGCUGGGCUGAAACUGGCCAACGUCGACGCCAAAAAAAACCAAAACCAAAACCAAAACCAAGCCGGACCCGACAAGUCCGCGGUGGACGCCAAACGCGCCCAGUCCGCCAUCGCGCGACGCAUCGGCGGACGCGACGCGAGCCUCACGUGGGACCACCUCGCAUGGCUUCGAUCCGUCACGCACCUCCCGCUCGUGCUCAAGGGGAUCGUCACGUACGCCGACGCGGCUCGAGCGGCGAAAGAGGGCGUCGCCGGCGUGUGGGUGAGCAACCACGGCGGGAGACAGCUGGACGGGUCCCCGGCCACUCUCGACGCGUUACCCGAGGUGGUCGCCGGGGUUAAAGAGGGGGUUAAAGAGGGCGCGCCGACGUGCGUCGUGAUCUUUGACGGCGGGGUGCGACGGGGGACGGACGCGCUCAAGGCGUUGGCGCUCGGCGCGGAUUUGGUAGCUGUCGGGAGGCCCGUCGCGUGGGGUUUAGCGUGCGGUGGGGAGCUCGGGGUGGGCAAGGCGGUGGAGCUGCUGACGGAGGAGCUGCGGACGGCGAUGACGCUGGCGGGGUGCCGGGACGUGAGGUCGGCGAGGAACAGGGAGUUGGUGCAGGUGGUCGGGGAGACGCCUCCGCGGUCCAGGCUGUGA